CUACUUUCAUGGCGGUCGCUGCUUCUCUCUCCUCCGGCCUCGCUUCUCUCUCUCCAUUCGAAUGGAUUACAUUCACUCCGUCUCUCGCGCAUCGCGCAUCGACCCAUUAAAGCCCUCCUCCGACCACUUCGACCACGAUGAUCGCCGCGAGUGAUACGACGAGCUGUAGAAACGAACGACCGAGCUUUUGCUCUCGGAUAUCGAGGUUGUUCGCCGUCUGGACUAAAAAAAAACCGGCCAAAAUUGGUGCCUACGUGAGCAGGAUGGGCAGCAGUUCGAAGAAGAUCGUCACCGGCGACGCCGGUUACGUGCUCGAAGACGUCCCUCAUUUCUCAGAUUACAUUCCCGAUCUACCUACUCAUUGCAAUCCCUUGCAAGACCAUCCUGCAUAUUGCGUCGUGAAGCAGUAUUUCGUUCACGAUGAUGACACUGUUACCCAAAAGGUUAUUGCCCACAAAACCGGUCCGAGAGGUUUACAUUUUCGACGGGCUGGACCUCGGCAAAAGGUCUAUUUUGAGCCAGAUGAGGUUCAUGCAUGUAUUGUCACAUGCGGAGGUCUCUGUCCAGGGCUCAACACCGUCAUCAGGGAAAUUGUGUGUGGAUUGUACCACAUGUAUGGUGUGAAGAAAGUUCUUGGAAUAGAUGGUGGAUACAAGGGCUUUUAUUCUCGAAAUACAGUCCCUCUUACUCCAAAAGUAGUCAAUGAUAUCCAUAAACGUGGCGGAACCAUCCUCGGAACUUCACGAGGUGGCCAUGAUACCUCAAAGAUUGUAGACAGCAUUCAAGACCGUGGAAUAAAUCAGGUUUACAUAAUUGGUGGAGAUGGAACUCAAAAGGGAGCAUCUGUCAUUUUUGAGGAAAUUAAGAGGCGUGGUCUUAAGGUAGCAGUGGCAGGAAUCCCAAAAACCAUUGAUAAUGACAUCCCGGUCAUAGACAGGUCCUUUGGCUUUGAUACUGCUGUUGAAGAAGCUCAACGCGCUAUUAAUGCUGCACAUGUUGAAGCUGAAAGUGGCGAGAAUGGCAUCGGUCUUGUGAAAGUGAUGGGUCGUUAUAGCGGGUUCAUUGCAAUGUAUGCUACUCUUGCAAGCAGGGACGUUGAUUGUUGCCUCAUUCCCGAAUCGCCCUUUUACCUUGAAGGGCCCGGUGGACUUUUUGAGUAUAUAGAGAGACGACUCAAAGAAAAUGGGCACAUGGUUAUUGUCAUUGCUGAAGGUGCAGGGCAGGAGCUUCUUUGUGAGAGCAUGCAUUCCGCAGAUAAGAAGGAUGCUUCCGGAAACAAGCUUCUCCGAGAUGUUGGCCUUUGGCUAUCGGAGAAGAUCAAGGAGCAUUUCGCCAAGAAGAAUAAAAUGAUCAUAAAUCUCAAAUUUAUAGACCCUACUUACAUGAUCCGGGCUGUCCCCAGCAAUGCCUCUGACAAUGUAUACUGCACGCUUCUUGCUCAAAGUGCAGUCCAUGGAGCAAUGGCAGGUUAUACAGGCUUCACAAGUGGGCUGGUCAAUGGAAGACAUUCGUACAUACCUUUCUAUCGAAUUACCGAGAAGCAAAACAAAGUUGUGAUAACUGAUAGAAUGUGGGCACGGCUUCUGUCGUCGACUAACCAACCUAGCUUUCUGACCGCCAAAGAUGUUAUCGAGGACAAGAGAGAAGAUGAGGCACCAACCCAGUCCUUAGAUAACCCGUCCAACCAGGAUAUGAGUAAUUUGGUCAAGAAAGAGAUCUGCUGCAAUUGACCUGGAUCUUAUGCUCAAACGCAGUGUAUUUCAAGUUAUACCUUUAGCCUGACGUAGGUAAUAUGGGCGCGACGUCAUUGCCCAAAUCAAUGAGUCUGCUGUUACCGCUACGAUCUUUUAUGUUUCUUUGCUCAGCUGGUGACGUGCAUGGGGUCGAAAAUCCUUCCCUUGUUGAACCUGUCUUUCUGAAUUCGUGAUUUUGCUGGUGUAUCAAUCUGUUAUUGCCAACAAA